AGCUCGGGGACCCGCAGACAUGGGAUCCCCGUGGAAAUGGUGGGCCCUGUGGGCCGGAGCAACCCUCCUGUGGGCUCUGCUCACCCCAGCAGAGGCAUCCUGCCAAGGCAUUCAGUGUGCAUCUGGGCAGCGCUGCCAGAUGGUGAGUGGGAAGGCCAGGUGUGUGGCAGAGUCCACAGCUGUCUGCCGUGCCCAGGGUGAUCCCCACUAUACCACCUUCGAUGGCCGUCGGUAUGACAUGAUGGGCACUUGUUCCUACACCAUGGCUGAACUGUGUGGAUCAGAUGAGACCCUGCCAGCCUUCAGUGUGGAAGCCAAAAAUGAACAUCGGGGCAGCCGCCAAGUCUCCUAUGUGGGCUUGGUCACAGUCUAUGCCUACAGCCAUUCUGUGUCGCUGGUUCGUGGGGAAAUUGGCUUCGUUCGGAUCGACAAUCAGCGCUCCCGCCUCCCUGCCUCUCUGAGUGAGGGUCGCCUACGUGUGCACAAAAGUGGAACACGAGGUGUGAUAGAGAUGGACUUUGGGCUGGUGGUCACCUAUGACUGGGAUGGCCAACUGACCCUGAGCCUGCCCAAGCGCUUCCAAGACCAAGUGUGCGGGCUGUGCGGCAACUAUAAUGGAGACCCUGCCGAUGACUUCCUCACGCCUGACUUGGACCAGGCUCCCGAUGCCUUGGAAUUUGCAAAUAGCUGGAAGCUGGAUGAUGGGGACUACCUGUGUGAUGAUGGCUGCCACAACUCUUGUCCCUCCUGCACCCCAGGGCAGACCCAACACUACAAGGGAGACCGUCUCUGUGGCAUGCUAACUCUGUCCACAGGCCCCUUCUCUGCCUGCCAUGAAUUCCUGGACCCCAAGCCUUUCCUAGAUGAUUGUGUGUUUGACCUGUGUGUCACUGGAGGGGAGCGACUCAGCCUGUGCCGGAGCCUUAGCGCCUAUGCCCAGGCCUGUGUAGAACUGGGUGUCACCCUUGAGAACUGGAGAUUACCAGCCAGCUGCCCCAUGUCCUGUCCAGCCAACAGCUGCUAUGAUCCUUGCAGCCCUGCCUGCCCGCCUUCCUGCAACUCAGAAGCUGUGCCGACCAACUGCUCUUCUCGCCCUUGCGUGGAGGGCUGCGUGUGCCUUCCAGGCUUCGUGGCCAGUGGUGGUGAUUGUGUGCCUGUCUCAUCCUGUGGGUGCAUCUACCAGGGUCGCCUGCUGGCCCCGGGUCAGGAAGUGUUUGAUGAUGACCGAUGCCGCCGCCGCUGCACCUGUGAUGGAGCCACUCAGAAGGUGACCUGCAGGGACACAACAGGAUGCCCUAGUGGUGAGCGCUGCAAUGUGCAGAAUGGCCUCCUGGGUUGCUACCCAGACAAUUUCGCCAGCUGCCAGGCAUCUGGAGACCCGCACUAUGUGAGCUUCGAUGGAAAGCGCUUUGACUUUAUGGGUACCUGCACAUACCUGCUGGUGGGCUCAUGCGGCCAGAACGCUGCGCUGCCUGCCUUUAAGGUGCUGGUGGAAAAUGAACACCGAGGCAGUCAGACCGUGAGCUACACAAGAGCUGUGCGUGUGGUGGCCCAUGGGGUAGAAGUGGCUGUGCGAAGGGAGAAUCCUGGAAGAGUGCUGAUAGAUGGCGUCCUUCAGUACCUGCCCUUCCAGGCUGCAGGUGGGAAGAUUCAGGUGUACCGCCAGGGCAAUGAUGCUAUCGUGAGCAUAGACUUUGGCUUGACUGUUACCUACAAUUGGGAUGCUCACGUGACUGCCAAGGUGCCCAGCAGCUAUGCUAAAGAUGUGUGUGGGCUCUGUGGGAACUUCAAUGGGAACCCAGAUGACGACCUGGCUCUGAAGGGUGGAGGCCAAGCUUCCAAUGUAUUGGACUUUGGGAACAGCUGGCAAGAAGAGAUAAUACCUGGGUGUGGAGCAACUGAACCUGGUGACUGUCCCCAAUUGGACUCCCUUGUGACCCAGCAAAUUCAAGACAAAAAGGAGUGUGGAAUCCUUGCUGAUCCCGAGGGUCCAUUCCGGGAGUGUCACAAGUUGCUGAACCCCCAGGGUGCCAUACGUGACUGUGUCUAUGACCUCUGCCUGCUGCCUGGUCAGUCUGGGCCACUGUGUGAUGCAUUGGCAGCCUAUGCUGCUGCAUGCCAGGCUGCCGGGGGCACUGUGCAUCCCUGGAGGAGCGAGGAACUUUGCCCACUGACCUGCCCACCUAACAGCCACUAUGAGCAAUGUUCCUACGGAUGCCCACUGUCCUGUGGAGACCUGCCAGUGCAGGGAGGCUGUGGCUCAGAAUGCCGAGAGGGCUGUGUUUGUAAUGAGGGCUUUGCCCUCAGUGGUGAGUCUUGUGUGCCUUUGGCCUCCUGCGGCUGUGUACACGAGGGCGCCUAUCACGCACCAGGAGAAACCUUCUAUCCUGGACCUGGAUGCGAUUCUCUUUGCCACUGUGAGGAAGGUGGCCUGGUUUCCUGCGAGCCCUCAUCUUGCGGCCCACAGGAGGCCUGCCAACCAUCCAAUGGAGUCCUGGGGUGUGUGGCUGUGGGCACUACUACCUGCCAGGCAUCAGGAGACCCUCAUUACGUCACCUUUGACGGCCGCCGCUUUGACUUCAUGGGCACCUGUGUGUAUGUGCUAGCGCAAACCUGUGGAAACCGGCCUGGUCUACACCAGUUCACUGUCCUGCAGGAGAAUGAGGCCUGGGGUAAUGGGAAAGUCAGUGUGACCAAGGUGAUCACCGUCCUGGUGGCCAACUACACCCUGCGCCUGGAGCAGAGUCAGUGGAAGGUCAAGGUGAACGGUGUGGACACGAAGCUGCCUGUGAUGCUGGAUGGAGGCAAGAUCCGAGUCUCCCAGCACGGGUCCGACGUCGUGAUUGAAACCGACUUUGGCCUGCGUGUGGCCUAUGACCUUGUGUACUAUGUUCGGGUAACCAUCCCAGGCAACUACUACAAGCAGAUGUGUGGUCUGUGCGGGGAUUACAACGGGGACCCCAAGGACGACUUCCAGAAGCCCGACGGCUCUCAGACAACAGACCCCAGUGACUUUGGUAACUCCUGGGAGGAAGCUGUGCCCGACUCCCCCUGCGCACCAGUGCCUCCCUGCACAGGAGAUGACUGUGACACCGAGUGCAGCCCCGAGCUGCAGGACAAAUAUCAUGGGGAGCAGUUCUGCGGGCUGCUCACCAGCCCCACAGGGCCACUGGCUGCCUGCCACAAGCUGCUAGACCCCCAGGGUCCCUUACAAGACUGUGUCUUUGAUCUCUGCCUGGGUGGCGGAAACCAGAGCAUUCUCUGUAACAUCAUCCAUGCCUACGUGAGCGCCUGCCAGGCGGCUGGGGGGCAAGUGGAGCCAUGGAGGACGGAAACUUUCUGUCCAAUGGAGUGCCCCCCUCACAGCCACUAUGAGGUCUGUGCAGACACUUGCUCCCUGGGCUGCUGGGCUCUGAAUACACCCCAGCAGUGCCCAGAAGGGUGUGCUGAGGGCUGUGAAUGUGACUCUGGCUUCCUGUACAACGGCAAAGCCUGCGUGCCCAUCGAGCAAUGUGGCUGCUACCACAAUGGGGUCUACUAUGAGCCAGAGGAGUCAGUUCUCAUUGAAAACUGCCAGCAGCAUUGUGUGUGCCAACCAGGCAAAGGCAUGAUGUGCCAGGAUCAUAGCUGCAAACCAGGACAGGUGUGCGAGCCCUCAGGAGGCGUCCUGACCUGCGUCACCAAAGACCCAUGCCAUGGUAUCACCUGCCGACCACAGGAGACCUGCAAAGUUCAAGGUGGUGAGGGUGUGUGUGUGCCCAACUAUAAUUCCACGUGUUGGCUGUGGGGUGACCCUCACUACAACUCCUUCGAUGGCUGGAGCUUUGACUUCCAGGGCACCUGCAACUACCUGCUGGCAGGAACGCUCUGUCCUGGGGUCAAUGCCGAGGGCCUGACUCCCUUCACUGUCACAACCAAGAAUGAGAACCGGGGUAGCCCCGCUGUGUCCUACGUGAGACAGGUCACUGUGACCACUCUCAACACCAACAUUUCCAUCCACAAGAAUGAGAUCGGCAAAGUCCGGGUGAAUGGAGUUCUCAUGGCCUUGCCUGUGUACUUGGCUGGUGGGCGGAUUUCAGUGAUUAAUGGAGGCUCAAAGGCUGUGCUGGAGACUGACUUUGGGCUUCAGGUCACCUACGACUGGAACUGGAGAGUAGAUGUCACGCUGCCCAGCAGCUACCAUGGUGCAGUGUGUGGGCUCUGUGGAAACAUGGACAAAAACCAUCAAAAUGACCAAGUCUUCCCUAAUGGCACAAUGGCACCCUCAAUACCUACCUGGGGUGGCAGCUGGCAAGUUCCAGGGUGGGACCCUCUUUGUUGGCAUGAAUGUCAAGGGUCCUGUCCCACAUGCCCAGAGGACCGAGUGGAGGAGUAUGAGGGUCCUGGCUUCUGUGGACCUCUGGCUCCUGGUACAGGGAGUCCUUUCACCAGCUGCCAUGCCCAUGUGCCUCCUGAAAGCUUCUUCAAGGGCUGUGUGCUGGACGUCUGCCUGGGUGGGGGCAGCAAAGACAUACUGUGCCAGGCACUGGCUGCCUAUGCUGCUGCCUGUCAAGCUGCUGGCAUCAAAAUCGAGGACUGGAGGACUCAGGCCGGUUGUGAGAUCACCUGCCCUGACAACAGCCACUAUGAGCUCUGUGGCCCACCCUGCCCAGCCAGCUGCCCACCCCCUGCACGACACACAGCCCCAACUGUAUGUGACGGGCCCUGUGUGGAGGGAUGCCAGUGUGACGAGGGCUUCGUCCUGAGUGCUGAUCAGUGUGUUCCCCUGGAUGGUGGCUGUGGCUGCUGGGUCAAUGGCACAUACUAUGAAGCAGGCACCGAGUUUUGGGCUGAUACCACCUGCUCUAAGAGGUGUCAUUGUGGACCUGGAGGUGACUCCUUGGUCUGCAAGCCUGCCAGCUGUGGGCUGGGUGAGGAGUGUGCCUUGUUGCCCUCUGGAGAGAUCGGCUGCCAACCUACAAGCAUAACUGAAUGCCAAGCCUGGGGUGAUCCCCAUUACACCACCCUAGAUGGGCACCGGUUUGACUUCCAAGGCACCUGCGAGUACCUGCUGAGUGCACCCUGCCAUGAGCCACCCACAGGGACUGAAUACUUCAAUGUCACCGUGGCUAAUGAGCACAGGGGCAGCCAGGCUGUCAGCUACACACGAAGUGUCACUCUGCAGAUCUAUGGCCUCAGCUUGACCCUCAGUGCCCAAUGGCCCAGGAAGCUACAGGUGAACGGAGAGUUCGUGGCUCUGCCCUUCCAUCUGGACCAGAAACUCAGUGUUUACAUAAGUGGAGCAGAUGUAGUAGUGAACACUGCUUCGGGGGUCUCCCUGGCUUUUGACGGAGACAGUUUCGUGCGCCUGCGCGUGCCCGCUGCCUAUGCUGGCACCCUCUGUGGCCUGUGCGGCAACUACAACAAGAAUCCCAACGAUGACCUGACUGCAGUGGGCGGGAAACCUGAGGGCUGGAAAGUGGGCGGAGCUCCAGGCUGUGACCAAUGCGAGCCUGAGCCUUGCCCAAAACCCUGCACACCUGAGGAACAAGAACCCUUCCGCGGUCCCGACGCCUGCGGCAUUAUCACGGCCCCCGAAGGCCCACUAGCGCCCUGCCACAGCCUUGUGCCACCCACGCAGUACUUCGAGGCUUGCUUGCUGGACGCCUGUCAGGUUCAGGGACAUCCAGGUGGCCUCUGUCCUGCUAUAGCCACCUAUGUGGCAGCAUGUCAAGCUGCUGGGGCCCAACUUGGAGAAUGGAGAAAGCCAGACUUCUGUCCCCUCCAGUGCCCUGCCCACAGCCACUACCAGCUCUGUGGUGACUCCUGCCCUGUGAGUUGCCCGAGCCUCUCCGCCCCUGUGGGCUGUGAAACCAUCUGCCGUGAGGGCUGUGUCUGUGAUGCUGGCUUCGUGCUCAGUGGUGACACCUGUGUCCCUGUGGGCCAGUGUGGCUGCCUCUACCAAGGGCGCUACUAUGUGUUAGGUGCCACCUUCUACCCAGGCCCUGAGUGUGAGCGGCUCUGUGAGUGCGGGCCUGAUGGCCAGGUCACCUGCCAGGAAGGGGCAGACUGUGAGCCCUAUGAGGAGUGCCGGAUAGAGAAUGGCGUUCAGGCCUGUCAUCCCACUGGCUGUGGCCACUGUCUGGCCAACGGAGGCCUCCAUUAUGUCACUCUUGAUGGACGGGUGUAUGAUCUUCAUGGCUCCUGCUCCUAUGUCCUGGCCAGCGUCUGUCACCCAAAACCUGGAGAUGAGGAGUUCUCCAUUGUGCUCGAAAAGAACUCAGCUGGAGAUCCCCAGCGUGUGGUGGUGACCGUGGCAGGCCAGGUUGUGGGCCUGGCUCGAGGGCCACAGGUGACUGUGGAUGGUGAAGUCGUGACCCUGCCUGUGGCCACAGGCCACGUGAGUGUGACAGCCGAAGGCAGAAACAUAGUUCUGCAGACAAACAAGGGAAUGAAGGUUCUCUUCGAUGGCGAUGCCCACAUCCUCAUGUCCAUCCCGAGUUCCUUCCGUGGACGUCUCUGUGGCCUCUGUGGGAAUUUCAAUGGGAACUGGAGUGACGACUUUGUGCUGCCUAGUGGAGCAGUGGCCCCCAACGUGGAGGCCUUUGGAACCGCAUGGCGAGCUCCCGGCUCCUCCUUGGGCUGUGGUGAAGGCUGCGGGCCCCAAGGCUGCCCAGUGUGCUUGGCAGAGGAGACACAAGCAUAUGAGAAAAAUGAUGCCUGUGGGAAGAUCCGGGACCCCCACGGCCCCUUUGCAGCUUGCCACAAGGUUCUGAGCCCCUUGGAAUACUUCCGCCAAUGUGUGUAUGACAUGUGUGCCCAUAAGGGUGACAAAGCCUAUCUCUGCCGUAGCCUGGCUGCUUAUACUGCAGCCUGUCAGGCAGCUGGGGCAGCAGUGAAGCCCUGGAGGACAGACAGCGUCUGCCCUCUCCAGUGUCCUGCCCACAGCCACUACUCCAUCUGCACCCGCUCCUGCCAGGGCUCCUGUGCUGCUCUCUCUGGCCUCACUGGCUGCACCACCCGCUGCUUUGAAGGGUGUGAGUGCGAUGACCACUUCCUGCUCUCCCACGGUGUGUGCAUUCCUGCCCAGGACUGCGGCUGUGUCCAUAACGGCCAAUAUAUGCCGGUGAACUCUUCCCUGAUGUCCUCAGACUGCAGCGAGCGCUGUUUCUGCUCCCCAAACAACGGUCUGACAUGCCAUGAAGCUGGCUGCCCAUCUGGCCAUGUCUGUGAGAUCCAGGCUGGAGUCCGAGAGUGCCAGGCUGCCCGUGGCCUCUGCUCCAUCUCUGUUGGAGCCAACCUAACUACCUUUGAUGGAGCUCACAAUGCCAUCAGCUCCCCUGGUGUCUAUGAGCUUUCUUCUCGAUGCCCGGGACUCCAAAAGAAUGUGCCCUGGUACCGAGUGCUUGCUGAUGUCCAGCCUUGCCACAACAAUGACAAGAUCGUGAGCAAGGUCCACAUCUUCUUCCAGGAUGGCCUGGUGACUGUGAUCCCAAGCAAGGGUGCAUGGGUGAAUGGUCUCCGCGUGGAUCUCCCAGCUACUGUGUUAACAUCUGUGUCUGUGAGGAGGAUGCCCGACGGCUCCAUGCUUGUCCACCAGAAGGCUGGGGUCACGGUGUGGCUUGGAAAAGAUGGGCUUCUGGAUGUGAUGGUUGGUGAUGACCUUGCAGCCAUGCUGUGUGGGGCCUGUGGAAACUUUGAUGGGGACCAAACCAACGACGCAUAUGGUUCUCAGGGGAAGACACCGAUAGAGAAGUGGAGAGCACAGGACUUCUCCCCAUGUUCCAACUGAUCAGUCACCACUGGCACUGAAGGCAUCAAGACCUGCUCCCUCCCAGAAGUUACAGUGAUUGGAAGAUGCCCUGUGUGUCCCUUCCCUGUCCCUCCCCCUUUGCUGAGCCACUGAGGCCAAACCUGAAAGCAUUGAGUAAAUAAAUACCUAGACACAGAG